AUGAGACCUGAGCCCCUCGAAGAAAUUCUAAAAAGGGCGUCAUCACUUGGCUACACCUCAAUUGAACUAGCGGGUGAGCCAUCCCGCUAUACUGUUAAUGGAACGAGCGCCCUCCUGCAGAAAUAUGGUUUAACUUGUUGGGGCGUCGUUACAAUCAUGUACGGGUCCCGAAAUUUGGCCGCUUCAAGUGAAGGGGACCGAGAAGCUACGAUCGGCUACAUGAAGAGCUUGGUCGACCCAUCAGCAGGAUUAGGAGGAGAGAUAGUGGCAUUAGUCCCCUGUACGGUGAGAAAGCUGCAGCCCGGCGCAGACUCGCGGGAUGAGUGGAAAUGGGUGGUACAGUGUGUGCGAGAGAUUGCCCUUUACGCUGCGGAAAAGGGGCUUCGUGUAGCGUUGGAGCCAUUGAACCGGUUCGAAACAUACUUGAUCACCAACAUAUCUCAGGCGUUGCAGGUCAUUGAUGAGGUGAAUGUUCCAAACCUUGGUGUCGCCUUUGAUCCCUUUCACCUCAACAUUGAAGAAUCCGACAUGAUCACCGCCUUACGCAAGUGUGGAAAAAAGGUACUUGACUUCCAUCUUGGUGAUAACAAUCGUCUUGCCCCGGGAGAUGGAAACCUCAACUGGCCCCUUAUCAUCCAGACACUGCGUAAGAUCGGUUACACUGGCGCUUUAGCGUGCGAAGCCAUGCCGCCAAUCGAUCGGACACAGGAUAGCCAUUUCGGCUCGAAGCAAAUGGGACCAGAGUCGUGGGAUGUAGAGGCAGGAACUUGA